GGUCUGGAGUGGCGCUCUACUUUCCCCAUGUGUCUGCAGCCAGAACCUCUCGGCUAAAGGCGAAUCUGGGAUCAUGAGACAUUGAGCUCGGUCCGUUGACUUGAAUGGGCGGCCAUUCUGGAGCGUGGCCUGUGCUCUGUCAGAUAUGUGCGGUCGGAGGUGAGUCUGGUUCAGACAUGGGUCCUGGCUGCAGCUCGUGGUGGAGGCGGCUCCUCCUCGUACUCGCCCUGAGCCUGGGGGCCUCUGCAGACCCUCAGUUCCUGGUGGUGCUCCCUGCGGUGGUGGAGUCUGGGAGUACGGUGAAGUUCUGCAUGAGUCUGCUGCAGGUCUCUGAGGAGCUGAACUUCACCGUGAGUCUGAUCAAAGACGAGAAGACGAGUUUACUCACAGACACAGUGGACGACGACACAAACACCUGCAGGACAUUUCAGGCUCCUGUUGUUGAAGAUUCUGAAAUCCAGAAUUUUGAGUUUGAAAUCAAAGGAAAAAACUUUCAACGAUUGGAAACUCACAAAAUUCAAAUCAAGAACCACGGACUGAAAACGUUUAUCCAGACCGACAAACCCCUGUACCUGCCCGGGCAGACAGUGCAUUUUCGAGUGGUGACGUUGGACUCUAAGCUGAGACCUGCAAAUGGUUCGUAUGAACUCGUGGAGAUGAAGGAUUACCGUGGUAACCGUGUGGCUCAGUGGUUGGAGCAAAGUUCGUCUGGGAGGAUCCUACAGUUGACCUUUGACCUUGACCCUCAUGCCGUAGAGGGAACCUACUCUGUGUCUGUGAAGGUCAAAGGUCAGAGGCACCCCGUCACUCACACAUUCGUGGUGGAGAAGUACGUUCUGCCAAAGUUUUCUGUUGAAGUGGAGGCUCCAGAUGAAGUCAGCAUCGCUCUGGAAGAACUCUCCUUUAAAGUGUGUACAAAAUACACGUUUGGUCAGUCGGUGCCAGGGCAGGUGGAGGUCAGUGUGUGCAGAGACUUUAAACCACAGAGAUGCAGCCCAAGUCCAAAAGUAAACACCCCUGUGUGCCACAAAGAAGUACAGGAGGUGCCCAAAGAUGGCUGUGCGUCCUUCUCCAUUCCAACAUCUCAGUUUAAAAACAUCUCCUGGAUGGAAGCUGCAUACAGCAUAAACGCCAUGAUGAUCGAAGAGGGAACAGACCUGAAGCAGUCUGUGACGCAGAAGAUCAAGAUCUCCUAUGAAAUUGGGAAAGUGGAAUUUGUAAAUCCUCCCAAAAGAUACAACCCUGGUGAAGUACUGGAGCUGCAGGUGAAGGUGGUGCAUUAUAAUAACACACCGGUCUCCCACACUGAGGUCCAUCUGAUCACAGACCGGUACGUCGAGCUCCAAAAACUGAAGACUGACCAGGACGGACACGUUACCUUCAGCUUCAACACCAGCUCCUACUCAGGCUCUGUCGGUCUGAAGGCCAGUCUGUAUGAACAUGACAGGCACAGUCACUUGGAGCCUCACUUCAUCACUGCGUCUCUACGGCUGCAGGAGAUCAAACCCGUCUGCCUCCGCAACAGGACCACCAGUUCUCUGGAGGUCAAGGGGGAGGACCGGACCCUGGCGUGCGGGGACAAAGAGAGCUUCACUGUGGGCUACUCCAUCGUGGGCGAGGGUCAAGGGACCAUAACCAUCAUCUACCUGGUCCUGUCCAGAGGAGUCAUCGUUAAAUAUGGACAUUACAGCUCGUGCAUGGACACAACGAUGAAGGGGGAGUUGACCUUUGACCUGGAGAUCACAGGUGACCUGGUGCCCGCUGUGACCGUGGUGACCUACGCCGUCCUGCCCAGUGCCAAUGUCAUCGCCACAUCCAGAGAGUACUCCACAGAGAAGUGCUUCACCAACAAGGUGCAGGUGCAGUUCUCUCCUCCCUCCUCCGUCCCCGGGGAGGACAGCUCUCUCUCCGUCUCCGCUGCUCCUCUGUCUCUGUGUGGACUCAGCGCCGUGGACAAGAGCGUCCUCAUCCAGAAACCAGGGAAAAGUCUGGACCCAGACAAGUUCCUGUCCCUUUUGCCGGUCCAAACAGCAGAGUUUUUUCCUGAUAGUAUUGAGGACAUUCAGGAGUGCACAGAAGUGUGCUCCAGACAAUAUGUUAUUCACCCACGGAGGAACACUGAUGAGGUCUACUACGAACUCAAGAAGCGAGGACUCAAACUGGUGACCAACCUCUUCAUCCAGACGCCCUUUUGUGUGAACGUCGGAGAGAUCGAGUAUAGAAAAGACUUCGAGUAUUACAAAUUUGAGUGGAUGGAAAUGCUUAAAUUGCCUCCUCCCAUUGUCACGGUCCGGACCUUCUUCCCCGAGACCUGGAUCUGGGACCUUGUGGAAGUGGGACCCUCGGGCCAGGCGUCUCUGUCCGUCUCCGUCCCAGACACGAUCACGUCCUGGGAGACGGACGCCUUCUGCCUGUCCUCGGAUCAGGGAAUCGGACUGGCAGCCCGGCAGCAGCUCACCGUGUUCCAGCCCUUCUUCCUGGAGCAGGUCCUGCCCUAUUCCAUCAUCCGAGGAGAGAGCUUCAUCCUGAAGGCCACGGUCUUCAACUACCUCCAGUCCUGCAUCAUGAUGGACGUGCAGGCGGCGCCCUCUGCUGGCUUCACCCUCACGCCUCUGUCCUCAGACCAGUACAGGUCGUGUCUCUGCGGCAACGAGCGCAAGACCCUGAGCUGGAUCCUGCUCGCCUCCUCCCUCGGUGAGGUAAACGUUACGGUGACAGCAGAGGCGGUUUCUUCUGACGUCCCGUGUGAUAACGAGGUCCAGAGCCUCCCCGAGCGAGGACGCAAGGACGUGGUGACGAGGACGCUCCGGGUCAAAGCUGAAGGAACAGAAGUGUCCAAGACCUUCAACUGGCUCCUCUGCCCCAAAGAUGAGCCUCUGAAGGAGCAGGUGGAUCUGACUCUUCCUGAAGACGUGAUCCCUGGAUCGGCCCGGGCCUCGGUCUCUGUCGUGGGAGACGUUUUGGGUCGUGCGAUGAAGAACUUGGAUGGUCUCCUGAAGAUGCCGUACGGAUGUGGAGAGCAGAACAUGGCUCUUCUCGCUCCAAACAUCUACAUCCUGGAGUAUCUGAAGAACACACAGCAGCUCAGCCCCGACGUCACCGACAAGGCCCUCAAGUUCCUCCACAGCGGAUACCAGAGACAGCUGAACUACCAACACUCUGAUGGAGGCUACAGCGCCUUCGGCCGAGGAGACGCCAACACGUGGCUGACGGCGUUCGUGGUCCGGUGUUUCUCCAAGGCCCGUGCCUUCGUCUACAUCGACCCAACAAAGAUCACCCUGUCCCGGACUUGGCUCAUGAGCCGACAGAAGGACGACGGGUGCUUCAGACCAUCAGGAGAACUCUUCAACAACAGGAUGAAGGGUGGAGUGUCCGAUGACGUCACCCUCAGCGCUUACAUCACAGCUGCUUUUCUGGAGAUGAACAUGACAGAAUCUGACUCGGUGGUAGAACGUAGCCUCUCGUGUCUGAAGAACCACUCGGAGAACCUGGAGAACCUCUACACCACAGCUCUGAUGGCCUAUGUGUUCAGUUUGGCUGGAGACACAGAGACUCGCGCUCAGCUCCUCCACAGACUGAGCUCCCGAGCCACAGACGAAGGUGGUCAGGUGCACUGGUCUUCUUCUUCUUCUUCUCUGUCGGUGGAGAUCUCGUCGUACGUGCUCCUCUCCGUCCUCACGGCGCCCUCUGUGGGUGUGGAGGACCUGAGCUACGCCUCCAAGAUCGUGCGCUGGCUCACAGGACAACAGAACCCCUAUGGAGGCUUCCAGUCCACUCAGGACACAGUGGUGGCGCUGCAGGCUCUGUCCCUGUACUCUGCUGUGGUCUACAGUCCGGACGGGUCCAGCACGGUCCUGGUCCGGGAUCUGAACCGGCCCACAGAGGGGUCUUUGUCCUUCACCGUGGAGCCGAGCAACAAGCUGCUGUACCAGGAGCGCCCUCUGGGGGGCGCCGCGGGGCAGUACAGUGUGGAGGUGACAGGGAGCGCCUGCACCUCCAUACAGGUCUCUCUGUUCUAUAACGUCCCGGUUCCGUCUGAGGUCCGGACUCUGGGGGUGAAGGUCGAGACUCAGAUGGAGUGCGGCGGCUCGGUGCUCCAGCUCCUCCUACAGGCCGAAUACGGUGGAGAGCAGAACAGCACAAACAUGGUGAUCCUGGACGUGAAGAUGCUCUCAGGGUUUGUGCCUCAUGAAGCGUCUCUGAAGAACCUGGAGUUUGAGUCUGGAGUCGACCGAGUGGAGCGGAACGAAGAUCACAUCCUCCUCUACAUCAAAGAGUUGUCUAAAGAUGUGCCCGUGUCCUUCCGUCUGCGUCUGGUUGAGGAAAUUCAGGUCCAGAAUCUCAAACCUGCUGUGGUCAGAAUCUACGACUACUACCAACCAAGUGACGAGGCAGAGACAGAGUACACGUCCCCGUGUGCUGCUCCAAACAAACACUGAACAUUUUAUAAACAGUAAAUUACAAAUAAACAAACAACAAAUGAA